GUCGAUAAAAAGUCUUUUCAUCGUUACGACUACGUUACGACACGGUACUGUAUAACCUCAAUGCUGCAUGCCUGUAUCGAGAGACAUGGCGAGCACGAAGGAUUUUUUUCUCACGAUUUCGGAACGGGUAUUGAGCAACUGGACCGCUCUAAACCUUGCUGUUGAUCAUGGAAUGGGAAGUAGAGAUAGGGCUGAAGAUUUCCCGGCAUACAUUACAGAAGUCUUAUACAUGAAUGAGGGACUAGAUACUGAUGAUAUAGCUGCGGAAAUAGAAGAAUAUAUGGACGAGGCUUUCCAAACAGAGUUGCAAGAUGAUAGCGCAGCAGAUGUUGCCAAAGUAUUGUUGAGAUUUCAUAAAUAUUGUAUGGAUGGAGAUGAAGCCACAGCGGUAACGGAGAUGGCGAAAUUGCCCCCACUUCAGCCAUGGAUAAUGGGCAGGAAACCCACCAAGGAAACUUUAGCGCAACCUAAACUUCUGGAAGGAGUAAGAGAUGAGAUGAAAAAUGACGAAGCAGUUGAGAAAAUGGAUGCUGAGGAGAAUGAAGACAAUGGAUGGACAGAGGUGAAGACUAGAAGACAGAAAUGAAACUGUGAGUUGACGAAUUACCUACAAUUAUUUAUAUUAAAAUGCGUGGGGGUAUAAUAAAACAUCGUAAUGAACAA